ACAAAAUUUGCAUUUGUUGCCACGGUAGACACUAUGUGAUCUUGAUGAGUAUCAGCUAUGCAUCAAAGAGAAGGAGCCUCGGGGUUGAUAACUACGCCUUGUAAUAUAUUUGUUGAAACCAGGGUACUCUAGAAACAGAUUUUGUAAAGCCUUUCAUGCUCAGCCGAUAGAGUUCACGAGGAAGAGUGCUGGUGCAAAUGAGCAUGCUAAUGACAAUGCGAAAUAUUCCUUCUGAAUAAGCUGCUCUUUUUAAUGUUUAACUGCUGAACAUUUCCGACCUGAAAACAAUACGAAGUUUUCUAGCUAAGAGGAAAUUCUUUAUUGUUUUAGGAUGUUUCAUGUGGUCGGCUUCUUUAGUCCAAUUUCUGUUUGGGGACUGCAGGUUGACCGAGGGAAUUGAUUCUGGACAAAGGCUACCAAGUGCCAAUUUGUCCAUUGAACAUGGACAAAUCAGUGAUGGAGACUUCUCAGACGACAAGUGCAGCAAGGCAAUCUAUUCCAGAUCCUGUGCUGCAUUCCAUGCAUGCCAUAGCUCAGCAGCAGUAUGAAUUCGAACAAUCAAUAUUGAGUCAGCAGUUGUGGUCUCAGCAGCAAGCUGUUUCCAUGGAAGUGAGCAUCAAAGCAGUUGCUUUACAAGCUGCAGUACAGGCCAAUGGGAUAAGCCAUAUAUUGAAAGGCAGAAACGAUAUUUCCACAGAUGAGGUAGUUAAGGAAAUCCAGUCUGAUAGGGUUAUUGAAGGACUCAAGUCGAGCUGGAACACCCAAUCUUGGCAUUCUUCAGCAUCAAGAUUGACGUCUGGCUCUGGGCAUAAGGAUGACCUGAAGGAAGAAGAAAUCUGUCCUGCUGAAGGCUGUACCAGUGAAAGGCAUCAUAAAGACGAUCUUCUGGACCAUAAAGAUACUCGCCGAGAAUUCCAUGGAUCUAAAGAUAGGAGACAUCGCUCAUCUGAUUACAGAAGUCAUCGGCUGCACCAUCAUAGAAGAAGCAGGUCCAGGGGCAAGAGCAGUGUCAGGAGCAGGGCCAGAAGCAGAGGCAGGAGCAGGAGCAGGAGCAGGAGCAGGAGCAGAUAUUUGUCCAGAUCACCGCCCAAAAAGUACAACGAAGGUAGAAGCAGAAGCAGGACCAGGACCAGGACUAGGAGCAGAUAUAGGUCCAGAUCUCCGCCCGAGAAGCACAGCAGAGGUGAACAUUAUUCUUAUGGUCCUGAAGAUCUCAAGUCACCUUACCAUCGACAGGAAACGCAUCGCACAUCUUUAGGUGGUCAAACCAAGUCAGGUAAUUCUCAUGGUGAUAAUUGUGUCCAGACUCAUUCAGGAACCCCUCAGAAUUGUCCCGGUGAGCAGGAAAAGAAAGAUCUAUUAACCAAAGACAAUAAUGAUCGUGGAGUUGGCAAAGGUGGAAAGAACGAUACAGGGAAAGGUGGCCUCAUGAGAAACCCACACGAUUGUUCCGUUCAGGUGCACAACAUUUUCAGUGUCUGACAGUCGUAUAAGGUCGGUCAAACCUCUGCAGAAUGCGAUUAGUUCAUGUGAUUAGUUCAUGGGCUUUCUACAUGUGAGAAUGAUGAAUGGGUAUGAUUAGGAUUCGGGGGCAUAUUCGUAUUGACUCGAGAGACCACUCUUAUCUUUCUAUGUUUCCUUUCAUUUGAGCAAUUCGGUAGAUUCUUUAAGCAGUACUUUCUCUCAAACUUUUGAAUUAUGCAUUUAUCAGGCAUGGUGAUGCUGAUGAAUGGCUUCAAGCGUCGAGGCAUGCUUAUAUUCCUUUAAUGUUGAGGCCGACGCUUAA